AAACUCCUGCAUCGUUUGUUCCCGAGGCCUAGUUACAUGUACGGACCUCGCAGAAAAUGAACUGAAACUUGUGUUUGAUAAUAAAGUAUAGAGAGUAAUUGCUGCUAAGUUGUACACUAUUUACUUUGGUAACGUCGUCGUUUCAUACUAGUGCUUACUGAAAAAAUACAGAAUUACAAACUCAUUUUAAAGGUUGAAAUAUGAUAAGAAGAAGAAAUCGAAGGCCAAUGUUAUAUUAUAACAAUAUUGAGACUGGGAUGGUUUGAUUGAUAUAUACUGGAUAUGUUACGUAAAAUGAUUGUAUACAGUUACCCAAUGCACACAAGUGGAUAUGUAAACGAUUCUAAAGAAGAAAAUCACCCCUAUCCCGGUCUAUUUUUCUGAAAAAAUGACAUGUAACUAUUGUCUUCAUAGAAAGUUGUUAUUGAUCGUUUAGUUUCAGAACAACGGAUAAUUAUGGAAAUCAGAGAACGAUUUCAAAUGCAUGCAGCGUAAAUCCAGAUAAAAUACGUCAACUGCAACAAAUAAGCCAUAUUGACGAAAGUUAAACUGAAAACAAAUCUGCAUUCAUUUUCAUGGGGACAUUGAUCGAACAAACUGAUUAGCACAAUUUACACAACUUAUUGGAAAAACUAAUUGAGUGUCUCCAUCGUUCCAAAUAAUUCUUCAUAUUAAGGCUGGAAUGUUGUCUUAGAAAGAUGCUAUUCCACAUAAACGUUAAAAUGAUAUGAGUAUGAAACAGAAGUAUAACAAUAUGAUGUUCAAAAGAUUUCAUACUCGACCACUCGGACAUAUUGUACCAGAAAGCAGGGUUGAACUUCAAGUGGAAAAGGCUCUUUUUAAAACUAACAUGCGUUUGCUCUCUGACAUGAUCACCACAGGCAGACAUCCCCAGACCUUAUAUAGUCCCUAUUAUCAACAGGAACAGACACAUAAUUUACAAAAGCGUCUUUUUCAGACGAGAAGUGAAAGGCUUCACAAAGUAAACGAUGCUGAGUACCAGGCUAAAUACACAACAACCAUUCAAGACAGGGUUGUGAGUGCCGAUCAAACAAGGCUUGAUACAUUACGAUUGCUUCAAUAUCAAACACCCAUUUGUGACAGGCAUUAUAGACAUGAUCGAAUGACAAAUAAUAAUGCGCACUGUGAUGUGUUAGGUCCAUAUUAUUGUACAGACUGUAUUCAGUUAAAAAAGAGAAAAACAAGCGCAAAAACUCAUCAGAACAAUUUUCCAAACAUUGAGGUGCAUCCAAGAAGUCUUGUAGCCCCAGACAAAAUUGACAGAGUUCUUAUGUCAAGAGAAAAACUAUUACUGAACGGUUAUAUGUCUCCUGUUAUGAAACCCGAAAUCCAAGCGACUUACGAUGAAAAUUUUUAUCUUCCAGUUUAUACCGAAAACGAGAUACACGAAAGACUUCGCAAUUCGCUUAGAGAUAAAAGUUCAUGCAGUUCACCUCGUAGUCCAAGGUCACCUUUGACAACAUACCGAAGUUCAGUACCAAAAGGACUGUCUGCAUCAUCUAGUACUUUACCUUCGGAGAUGAAAGUGUCUGUGACGUUUGCACCAAAUAAAUGGUAACUGUAUUGACAUUUUGAAAUUAAAAACCAUUAAGGAAAUGGGUGCAUACAUUUGUGAACUCGCUGAUUUUAAUUGAAUCCCGAAAGAACUAGACAGAGUAAGUGCAUCUCGUGCAAUUUAGUUCCUCCAUCGUGUAAAUACGCAUAACCAAACAUUUGACAUUUAGUUGCUGAAACAUAUGCAAUAUCUUAUUUAAACUUUAAAUGGACUAAAAAUCUGUCCUUCAGUUUUUCUUUUGAAAUGAUACGUUAUUAGGACUCUAUUGGUUUCUAAGUCAGGAUCGAGCCCGCAGUUCAGUGUUUGUCCUUAUAGUUCAUGUCUUUUAUAUUUGUUUUUUAAGUAAAUUGCAUUGUUAUAAAUGUGGCAUUGUAAAGAGAAAUAUAAUAGAUUGUUGAUAUGUCACUUUCAACGCACUAAUGUAAUAAAAAAGCCGGAGUACCAGGAGAAAACCAUCGCCCUUCGCCUUCCGCAGGAGAACUUUACAGCACAUUCAUUUCAGUCAGUAUGUAGCUAAUGGUAAU